AUGAACCCAAAUGCUCCUGGGCCUCAGCUCCCUCAACCAAACAUUCAGCUCCCUCCCCAAAACCCUCAGCUCCCUCCCCAAGACCCUCAGCUCCCUCCCCCAGACCCUCAGCUCCUUCUCCCAAGCCCACAUGACGCUGGCACUCAGCAUGUUCCUAUAAGCGCUCGGUCUGGUCCUGCGAGCACUCAGCCUGGUCCCAUGAGCGCUCAGCUUGGUCCUGCAAGUGCUCAGCCUGGUCAGCCCAGUCCCGCAAGUGCUCAGCUUGGUCCUGCGAGUGCUCAGCCAGGUCCUGCAAGCACUCAGCUUGGUCCUGCGAGUACUCAGCCCGGUCCAGCAAGCGCUCAGCUUGGUCCUGCAAGUGCUCAGCCUGGUCAGCCCGGUCCCGUGAGUGCUCAGCACACCCCCCCAAGUACUCUGUAUCCUCCCCCUUCACAGCACCCCCCUCCUCAUUUCACUGGCGCUGGGGGCAAUCCAAUCGAUGAUCCGGAUGAUGACCUCUAUGACGACAACAGCCCUUUCUCUGCCCCCCUCAGCAAUGCGCUGGAUAUGUUGCUUGGGGGGGAUGUCAAUAUGUACGACAACAAUGAUGGGAUGGAGUUUGACUCCUUCCGGCUUUGUGUGAUCAGCCUUGACAGUCCCCCCAAAGUGACAUCACUGUCUGCAAAGCUGCAGAGCUCAGGCAGCUCAAAGAAGAAGAGGUCCUUGGUGGCAGACAUGGAGGACAACCUCAGCAUACUCAACAACAAUAUUUGGACCAUGUCCGAGCACCAGAGAUCGAGGAAUGAGCACUACACCAUGAAGAUGAAUUACCAAGCCCAGAAGAAGGAUAUUCAGUGGCACUGCGAAUCACUUUCACACAAAGUCCUCAUGUCAGCCACCACACAUCAAUGCAAGCAGGAGGCCAAGGACAAAGAGAUCCUGCACCUUCAGGCUGCAGCUGCCUUGCAGGAAAGGGAGGCUGAGACCUGGUGCCUUAAGAUCCAAUAUAAGACCAUGAUGCAUGCCAUGGGUGCUAGUCCCUCAUCCUCGUCACCAUCUGGCUGA